AUGGACACCCUCACGGCCCGCCGUGCGCACUCGACCCAGCCUCAGGGGAAGGGGAAGAAGCCCGCCUCACACGACCACGACCACGAACGCAGUGACCACAGCACGCCCGGUCACUCGCAUUCACAUUCACAUUCGAUAUUCAGUUCCAUGGGCCAUACACAUGGGCCAGAUGAGGGGCACGGGCACGACGCAGAGCAGAUAGUAGAGGCGUUGCAGAGCGGAGGCUUCAGAGACCGGGGGACCAGGAUCACGCUCCUCGGGCUGUUCGCGAACAUCGGCCUGACGGUGUCGAAGGGCGCCGCGGGCUGGUACAUGAACUCCGCGUCGCUGCUCGCGGACGCGGGGCACUCCCUCAGCGACCUGCUCGGCGACUUCGUCACGCUGACGUGCUGGAAGCUGUCGCGGCGGCCGCCCUCGGCGCGCUACCCGUACGGCUUCGGCAAGUUCGAGGUGCUGGGCACAACGACGGUGUCGCUGCUGCUCACGGCCGGCGCGCUGGGCAUCGGCGUCCACUCGUGGGCGCUGCUCAUGGAGGCGCUCUCGCAGUCGGCCGCGGCGCUGCCGUCGGGCGUGGUGCACGACGUGCUCGAGACGGUGACGGCCGCGGCACACAGCGUGCCUGUGGUCGUCUCUGAACAUGCGCAUGCCCACGCACACGCGCACGCGCUCGACCCGAACGCGGCGUGGUUCGCGGCGGUGAGUGUCAUAGGGAAGGAGUGGCUGUACCGGGUGACGAAGCGCGUUGCGGACGAGGAGCGCAGCCCGGUGCUGUUCGCAAAUGCGAUACACCACCGGAGCGACGCGUACUCGAGCCUCGUUGCGCUGCUGGCCAUCCUGGGCACAUGGUGGUUCCCCCACCUGCCACUCGAUCCCAUUGGAGGCAUCAUCGUCUCGAUACUCAUCAUCAAGCAGGGCUGGGGUAUUUUGGCUGGUGCGCUGCACCAGCUGACAGAUGGAAGCGUGUCGCCUCGGACGAGAGCGAUCCUCGCGAAAGCUCUGGAUCCACUACUCCCUUCAUCAGACUCUGCGGCCGCACGUUCACAUACGCCUUCCCGUGCGCAGGUCGAGAAUCAUACCGAGAACCUGCGUGCGAUCCGCGACCUGCGCGCAAUGCGUGCUGGCGCGCUGAUGUUCGUUGAUCUCAUUGCCGAGGUGCCGCGGACACUGAGCAUCGAAGAGGCGAGCGAUCUGGAGGGCAAGAUUUCGCGGGCUUUGAAGGGUGCGAGGAAGGAGGUGGCGGAGGUGCGGGUAAAGUUCCGCCCGGUAGACGAAGAGAUCGUGCAUCGGCAUGAGGUCCACGAUCAGGACCACCACUAA